AAUAAACCUCAACAACAAGAAAAAAGAGAAGAAGAAGAAGAGGAAGAUAAAAAGGUUGGCACUCGAAUUACAGUGCGUAUAGUCUUCAUCGUGCACCACUGAUAGAUGAAGCUGCCAGCAUGAUCUGAUCUCUCCUUAAUCGACCUCUUUUCUGAGGGGAAAGACUAGAUCAUGGAUGGCAGUUUCACCCGUUGAUGGUUUCAUGAAAAACCCUAAUUUCCUUUUUUCGUGGCCUCAUCUCUCCAUUUCCAACAAUUUUUUAGGGUUUCUUCACCAGACAAUUCCACAAAAGGUAUGCAAUUCUCCUUCUAUUCUGAUUCUCAGAUCUGGGUAUUUCCCCUUUUCAACUUUUUGAUCGACAAAAAAAAAUUUUAUGACUUUUUUGUGGUUCUUGUGUUCUUUCAUGGGGAUGUUGUUAGGGUUUUAAGUGACCGGAUUUCCUCUGUGUUAAACUGUUAAUGCAGUUUUUGUUGCUUUUGAGAUCCCUCCUCGUGUCCUGAAGAAAGUGUUUUUCUUUUUUAGCAUUCCUUAAUUUUACUGUUUAUGUCAAUUCAUGCUGUACCUGCAGUACUGAUCUAUUCAAAUUUGCUUUUAUUCCUCUAUUUCCAUUAUAUUUCUAAUUAAUUUCUGCGUUUGAAUCCUUAUUGGUCUCAUAGAUCUAUCUUCAUCUUCAUGAGAAGAAGUUGAAGUUAGUGAAAGAAGACUAACAGAAUUGCAGUUUAAUAAAAUCUUUGCUUUUCU